AUGAAUAUUUUAAAAAAUCUUGAUUUAUUUGGAGUACCUUUGUAUAAGGAAUUGAUCAUAGUGAAUCAAAAUACAAGAGCAUCUUUGGAGGAAUUUUAUCUUUAGUUACUAUAUUAGCAAGUUUGGCUUAUGCUAUUUGGAUUUUUUAUUUGUGGCAAACCAAAUAAAUGAAUCCUAAAAUAUCUAAUUCCAAAUAUGUUUCUGAUUACUCAUCCCUUGAUCUUAAUAAAGACUUCAUUAGAUUAUAUUAUUGGUAGUAUGAUGAAAAUCUAAUAGAUCCAUUUUAAGCUAAAAUUCUCUUGCCUCUUGUUAUAUACAACAGAUAAAAUUAAUUAACAUCACCUUAAGUAAUAAAUACUACUUCAGUUACAAGUUAUGGAAAUACAUAUAUACCAAAAAUAGAGUUAGGUUUUACAAAAAUCGAUGGAGAAAUAUAUACUUCAGAAGAAAUGUAUAUAUAAAUAGUAAUGUGCUCUGAAAUUUAUUUAUAACCUGAUGAAAAGUGUGCAUCUCCUGAUUUAACUGAACAAUUUUUCAAAUAAUCUUCUAAUUUAGUUGUGAUGCAAAUAUAUUCAACAACCUUAGAUUCUCGGGAUGGAUCAGAAUAAAUUGGAUUACAAGAAUUCUAUAUUUAGAUAGAAUAAUAAUUCUGUUAUACUAUGAAUACAUUUCUUGAAACCAAUUUAUAUGAACUUUAAGAUUACUUUCUAUUUGGAACAUCAAAAUAUAAAGAAUAUAUUUCUGGAGCUGUUGUACAGACUUAAACAAGUUCUUCUGAAUAUUGUUAUAAGACUUUUAAUAAUAAUGCUAUCUCUCUAGUAUAUAUAGGAAUGAAUGGAAAUUAAAUGAAAACUAUUUUUGAAUAUCCUCGUGCAGGUGAUAUUUUUGCAAAUAUUGGAUCUAUUGUGUCUUUAUUAUUUAUGAUUAAGUACAUAAUUAUUAUUCUGAAUUAAUAUGCUUUAAAUUAAAAGAUAAUAACAGAACUUAUAUAUUUUUAUUAUCCAGAGUUUAAAAAUAUUUGUAUUACUAAAAAUUGGAGAUACAAUAUAACAAUGGUUAAAAUAAAUUAAAAAGAAGUAGACAUUAAAGAAUAUAUGAAAUUUUAUAAUAAAGUUUAAUAGUAAAUGCAAUAAAAAUUAUGUUAUUUAAAUUUAUUGUUUGAAAUAUCUAGAUUAUAUUUUAUCAUUAGAUCAUUCAAAUAUAGAGAAGAACUUUAUAAAUCUCAUAGUGUUGGAAUAAAAAUGAAUUUAAAUUUGAAUAAGGAAUUCGAUUUUAUAGACAAUUAUAAUUCAAUUAGUUCAGCAAAAUCAAAUCUCUAAAGUAUUGUAUUAAAUGAAGAUGAUGCUGAUUUAAUAUCAUUAACAAGGAGAAGACCAUAAAAUAAUUUUGAUUGUAUUCCAGAAGAAAUAAUUAAUGAAAAUGAUUUUUAUAAUACCAAUAAAAUAGUUUGA